GCGACAGUUGCGAGUGCUUUCUGGCAAAAGUAGGUUACAAAAAAGGUGCGGGGGUUCGACUUGGGAGGGAGUUUGGAGGACUGGAGCAGGCUUCUUGAGAAAGAUGUGACAAACGAAACCUUGUCAGCGUGUUACUUGAUAAACCUGACUGGCGCCCGCUCCCGUCCACGUGAUCUACUAAAAGCACGACACCGGGGAUAAUCCUAUAGGGAAAGAAUGAGAGAGGAGAGAGGUCAAAGUAGGAUGAGAGACCUCUCGAGGUUGGACGAUGGAAAGACUGGGAAAGGAGAGAUCCGUAUGCAGCCCGAAAACCUCUCCAUGGAUUGGGCAUCCUGAAACAGAAGCCUCGACUCUUCUCUGGAAACUCAAAGACUGCUUCACCAUCAAUGACACACUCGUCUCUCCUCAAAUGAAUAAAAAGGUCAAUGACAUGGACAGCAGAAAUGCAGUGCUGGAAUUGAAGGAUGUGCCUCCUCCCCCUCUGCACCUUGCUUCAUCCUCCCAACCAUCCCAGCGCUUCCCUUUACCCCCGCUCCCUUCGUCUUCUUCUUGUUUACUUCCUCCCCAGCUUACGCUAGAUCACCAUCGACAACAGCCUCCACCGCCGCCUCAGCAGCAGCAACAGGAGGGGCCUGACCCCAAAGUAAGCGUAUGCGCCCACUGUGAUUACUGCAUCACCGAGGGCUAUGGAUUAUCUGAUGGUGGAGGUGUUGCUGGUAGAAGCGUAGCUGGUGUCGUCCCACACUAUGCAACUCCUGAGUCAGUGGCAACGCCCAUCCACAGCAACAGUAACACUAGCAGGGUUGGGCCUUGCUCUGUAGCCUCAACGUUUCUUCCGUACAAACACGGGCAGAGCUGUUGCCCUAAAGAUGACGCUUAUGAUCCGCUGCUCAGUUAUGGCUACAAACCUCUGAGGCUCUCUUCAGUAACCACCUCCCAGCCCGUCGCAGCACAGCCCCACACCCCUUGCUGCCCGGGAUGUGUUAACCCAGCUGAAGCUCUCCCAAGCAACUCAAUCGCUUUCCCUCCUCAUCCUUGUUUGGCUUCUUCACUCCCACCCAUUUCUACUCUUUCGGCUUCCUUGCACAGUGCUUGCCUGGCUUCUUCUGGUUGUCAUAUCUGUGGUAUGGACUGCAGUCCUAUGGUCAGAAGAACCCAGACAAGUGCUGCACUCUGUGAUCACCCUCCUUCUACCGCUAUCAACACUGCAUCCACGUCUGCACAUCUCUGCUCUAAUCCCAUGCACCUAAAUGUUGAGCAAACAGUUUGUGUGAAGGGGGCGCACUACUGCCAGGAUUGCCUGUUGAAGCCUAUGAAUGGGUUUGUGUCCAAGUCAGAAAAGGUCUGGCCCACUAUUCCCGUUCCUCAAACAACUCCAGUCACGAUCCCCAUUUGCAAUGGCUGUGGCACCUCAUCUGAUAGUGUGGCGCUCAGUCAGGGCAAAACCGGCCCAAAGUUUGGUUCACCAGAAAGUGGCGGUACAGAGAACAUUGCACCAGUCGGAGUGUUUUGGGACAUAGAGAACUGCAGCGUGCCUAGUGGAAGAUCUGCCGGCGUGGUGGUACAGCGUAUACGCAGCCGUUUCUUCCAGGGCCACCGUGAGGCUGAGUUUAUUUGUGUGUGUGACAUCAGUAAAGAGAGUAAAGCAGUUAUUCAAGAGCUCAACAACUGCCAGGUUACUGUGGCACACAUCAAUGCCACAGCCAAGAAUGCUGCUGAUGACAAACUCCGCCAGAGCUUACGGCGCUUCGCUGAGACCCACACUGCACCCGCAACCGUUGUCCUCGUCUCAUCUGAUGUAAACUUUGCAAGUGAGCUGAGUGACCUGCGCCAUCGCCAUGGUUUCCAUGUGAUCCUGGUCCAUGGUAACCACACGUCCCAAGCCCUGCUGCAGCACGCCCACAGUCACGUGUCAUUUCAAGAGAUCACAGCUGACCUGCCUCCAUGCAUGCCUCUCAAAACGCAGCCCAGUUACAACCUGCUCUAUGUGCACAACCUUCCCGUCAACUGUGACAAGAACCUGUGGAACGCUGUGAAGCUGAGGCUCCGUCGCCUCUCGGACAACUGUGGUGGCAAAGUGCUGGGUGUGUCCCAGGGUAAAGCCGUCCUCCGUUUUGGCACCCCUGAGGCGGCAUCACGUGCCCGCAAGAGAAUGGAAAAUGAGGACGUGUUUGGCCAUCGAAUCAGCCUCUCUGUCUCUCCGCGGCCCCGGGAUGAUGCAGGUCGUGAGCUUCAGUCUCAGUCCCAUAACCUUCCCUUGCCUCAGACACUGCCCCUACCUCAUCAAAGCCAGGACACAAUGUUUCCCACUCCUGUAGCCCCAUCCUCCUCUUUUCUGCCCCUGGAGAAGCCACGGUCGCCCAGGAGGGCACGGCGAGCCACUCGCCCAUGCUACACACCCGGCUUCCUGCCUGAAAGGCCCUACAGCCCUAAGAGGGGGUGCUCUGGGCCUCCGGGUGGCACGCCUGCAAAGCCCCAUCAGGAGUUGGAUAGUGCAGACAGCAAACCUAAGCCGGGUUUCCAUCAUCUAGAUAAAGGGCGGCCAGCCGCCUCCUCUCCCCAUAGUAAUGGUGAGAUAGGAUCACUGGAGCAGCUUUCCAAACCUGGCUUCACCGGUGAAUCCUUACACAUGAAAAGUGGGACCAAGUCUCCGGUUGAAGGGGAAAGACGCCCAAUAGAGUUUCAGAUCAGCACACCCUCUGCUUUCAGCAAGCUGAGCCUGCACAGAAGCUUCAGCCCACUUGUCUUGUCCCAGGGUUCUUGGUCUUCCAGGACUGCAUCGCCUUGCCUUUCUAGCCGCUCGUCCCCCACGCUUGCUACUCCUCGAAGCCCUUGUCCAGACGGUCCACCUGAGCCCUUUUCAGAUGGAGCUGAAAUCCAGGUGGCUAACCUCGACUACAGAAUGUCCCGCAAGGAACUACAGCAGACUCUACGUGAGACCUUCCAUCGAUAUGGGCGGGUUAAAGGAGUGGAGCUUAGUCCCCAUACAGACUAUCAGCUAAAGGCUACGAUCCUGAUGCAGUCCUUACAGCAGGCUAUAAGCGCCGUCAGUGGACUUCACCGUUACAAAAUUGGAGGCAAGCGCAUCCAGGUGUCUCUGAUCACAGGUGGCCACAACAAAUCCAUGGCCAUGCUCAGCUCCGAGUUCAGCAGCAUUCUUCAGGAGGCACCUGCCAAUUGCCUUCCUCUCUUUAAGUUCACUGAGAUCUAUGAGAAGAGAUACCGCCGUAAGCUUUUGAUGAGCGAUCUGUACAGGCUGCCGGAUGUAGUGGCUGUUCGGGAGCAGGGGAGCACGAGGCUCGUGUGCCUUCUUCCCAGCAGUCAACUCCGUCAGAGUCCACUGGGAUCUUCUCAGUCACAGGAGAGCUCCUCCACGUCAAGCCCUGUUGUGUUUGAGGAGCUGGAGUAUCAUGAGCCAAUCUGCAGACAACACUCCAAACAGCAAAACUUCAGUGAGGCUGACUUUGACCCAGACUCGUACACAAUUCCAUUUGUGGUCAUGUCUCUAAGCACGUUGGCCCCUGAGGUUCACGCACUGCUUCAGUCACACGAAGGAACGCUUCCCCUCCUCAGCUUUACAGACUGCUAUGAAGCAAAGUUCAGUCGGCUGGAGUUGGGCAGUGAGACUCUGGAAUGUGGUGUUCCUUUAGAGCACCUCAUUGCAUGUGUCCCAAGUAUAGCCAUAGUCACAGCUCAAAAUGGUUACAAAGUCAUCAAGUGGAUUCACAACAAACCACCAGCACCAAACUCUGAGCCGUGGCUACUUCGAUGCAAGAGUCCAGUUGGCAACCCUCAGCUCAUUCAGUUCAGCAGAGAGGUUAUUGACCUCCUCAAGAGUCAACCGUCUUGCAUCAUGCCCAUCAGCAAAUUUAUACCCUCUUACCAUCAUCAUUUUGCAAAGCAGUGCCGCGUCUCUGAUUAUGGCUACUCAAAAUUGUUUGAGUUGCUAGAAGCAGUUCCGCAUGUCCUGCAGAUCUUGGGCAUGGGUACAAAACGACUGCUGACCCUCACCCAUCGAGCCCAAGUGAAGCGUUUCACUCAAGACUUACUAAAACUUCUCAAAUUUCAAGCCAGCAAGCAAGUUGCUGUCAAGGACUUCAUGCAAGCAUAUCAUUGGUGCUUUUCCAGAGACUGGAAUGUAGCAGACUAUGGCACAUGUAACCUCAUCGACCUGCUGUCUGAGAUUCCCGAUACCACCAUUACCACCACACACAACGACACUGACACAAUCAUCUCUGUUCCGAAGAGAGAGCGUACUAGGGAUGAAAUGGAGCGCACUAAGCAGUUUGGGAAGGAGGUCGUCGAUCUCCUCCGUCACCAACCUCACUGUCGAAUGCCCUUCAGCAAAUUCAUCCCCACCUACCACCACCACUUUGGACGUCAGUGUAAGCUCAGCUACUACGGCUUCACCAAACUCAUGGAGCUCUUUGAGGCCAUCCCUGAAGUACUAAUGGUAUUGGAGUGUGGCGAGGAGAAGGUGCUUACCCUAACAGAGGUGGAGCGUGUCAAAGCUCUGGCAGCUCAACUGGUCAAGCUGCUUCGAGCUCAGAAAAACGCCAGCAUUCCUGUAAACCAGCUGCUCACAGAAUACAGCAAGACCUUUGGUUAUGGUCUACGACUGCAGGACUAUGACACCAGCUCCCUGCCUUCAUUACUGAGCAAACUCUGCCAUGUUGUUAAGGUGGUCGAUGGCGCAGAAGGACGGGAAGUUCAGCUCAUCAACAGAAAAUCUCUGCGUUUACUGACAUCGCAACUUCUGGCACUGCUUAUGUCUCAAGAGAACGCCAUCGACAAGGGUCUCGGGGUAGAUGAGCUGAGCCUGCAAUACCAGAUGGUCCACAAAGUCCCACUCAACCCUUGUGAAUAUGGGUUCCUCUCCCUCAGUGAGCUACUCAAGAGUCUGCCCUACCUUGUGGAACUUUACUGGGAAGAACCUGACUGCAGCAUUCAAGAUGGAAGCUCCACAAGCAGCGCUGGUGAAGAGUGGGUGAGGCUGACGAGGCUUUACCAGUUUGCCCGUAACGUACGUGCGCUGCUCCACACCUACCAUUACAACCAGAUCUUCUUCUCCGAGUUCCAAGGAGCUUAUAAAAAGUUUACUGGUUGUGGCCUGGAGUCUCGCUCCUAUGGGUACACCAGCACCGACGAGCUUCUCAGUGCUAUUCCACAGGUCGUCUGGAUUAAAGGUCACGGGCACAAGAGGAUUAUCGUUUUGAAGAACGAUAUGAAAGAGAGGGUGAGUGCUUCAGUCCCCAGCAGCCCUCAGUCAGGAGGUAACAUGGAGAGCCCCAGAGACAGCCCAACAAGCACCACCCAUUCGGAAGCACUCAGCCCAAGCCCCACCACGGCACUAGAGUCUGAGCUGCUGUGUCUGACGUCCCCAGUCGACCUUCUGUGCGGCCCGGUGCCAUCUUGCCUGCCGUCACCGCAGCUCCACCCUGACCCUGUCCUAAUGCAGCAGUGCGAUCUGAUCCGUUUUGAGGAGAAAUCCCCGCCGUCGGCCCAGACGUCAGGUCAGCUUGAAUGUGAAAAGUUGCCAUUAGAGAGCGGUGAAUUAAGGACGGGAGCUGCUGGCAAAGACGACGAGCCAGCUCCGCCCAUGGACACCGGGUCCCCUUUGUCUGUGGAAAGUCCAAGCAGAAGAGGCCCUCGCAGUCGAAUCAAACUCGCUGCCAACUUUUCAUUCAAAUGAGGUUUCUGAACCAACAGGCGCACGAGCAGCGAGCCAAACUAGUUGAGCCGCCGUUGUAAAUAGAUGGAGUGGAGUAGCUAUACUGAUCACUCACUCUUGAAAGGCCAUUUGGCUUUGCCAGUUCCUGUCUUUGCAUUCUAAUCUGCGUUGCUCUAUCACAGUCUUUAGAAUCUGCUCUUUCACAAUCAAGCUUUCUUUCGGUGGUACUCGUAAAGCUUUGAUCUUUUUACCUUUUGCAGACUUUCUGCAAUUUGCAACCCACUUAUGGUUACUAGACUAUCGUUCCAUCCUGAAGGAAGUUGCAUUUUCUCCCCAGCAAAGUGCACACGUGAAUCCCGAUGAGUUAGAUGCCACUGCAUUUGGAGAGAUGCUCAAGAUGAAUAGCAGAUUUGUGUUUCAGGAUGUUAAAACAAACUCAUUCUUAGCUCAUAAGCUUGAUCAAUGAAUUUUUUUGAUGGGUUGUUCAACUAUAUAUAUAUAUUAAAAAGAAAAAUUAUUUAAAUCAUAAUUAGCUGAAGACAGAAUUUCAGUAGCUAUUCUUUUUAGAACUUUGUAAGUGGUUCCAGAGAUGCUAAUGUCUUAUUUUUUUUGUUCUUCUUGCUUCAAAGACUUCCAGAUCCACAUUUGUGGGUUUCAUGGCAGGUCGCCUCUUUAAGAUCAUCAAGUUUGAUGGCCAUUGUUCCUGUUUGGGUUGGUGCGACUUUAUUCAAUGGUUUUGCGCCCGAAAACCGAAGGUCGGGGUGUGCGUGUUUGACAAGCUUUAAGCCAAGUAGUCUGUGUCGUGUUUUUUUUAGCGGUUUGUGUGUGGCACUCCACUGUUGACAUAUGCACAGUGUGCAUACAUGACUUGACGCAUGGUGUAUAAUAAGCCUAGCAGCAGCAGACAGGAGCGGAGCAUAGAACAAAAGCAAGCAUUUUGUCUGAUAAGUUAACGACCCCCACCUUGUUUUUGGCUUCCUGGAGGCAGGGCUACCAUCUGACCGCUACUCAGCCUUGUUGCCAGUAGUGUCUGUGGUGGUCUCCAGUCUGAGUUCAAGUGAAGCACGUUUUGAUUUUUAAUGACAAGGUGCAUGGGUGUGAGUUUCUGGGGCAUGGGCAUUUGUGGGAGGCGGUGGUCUUGUUAGUGGACUGGCAUGGGGGCUGUGUAAAGCCUCCAUGUGCAUGUGUGUGUCAUCCACAUAGAGAACCCUCUGCGGCUCUCUGGAUUUUGCCUGGCUUUUACAAUGGAUUGUAUUCGCCAUGGUGACAAAAGAAUUCCCAUAGUACCUCCCCAGGCACCAUGUUUUUCUAUCCGGAUGUUGCUUUCCUCCCUUUUUGCCAUCAUGUGUUUUCUGUUCUCCUGGCUGCCUGUCUUGCUCCUGGUCGCUGUGAGUUUGCCAUGGGUCACAGAUGUGGCAAUUUGGUGCCGAGAAAUGGGUAAGAGCCCAUUACGUCAGUGGCCAAACAUUACGCGUUGACUUGUUCAGCUGGUGUCAUGACGUGACUAGAUUUUGAGUUUCCUCCAACUCUUGAUCACGCAUCUGAAUUAUUUUAACCACUGUUGAUGCUGCCUUAGGUUUCUCUGGCCUUGGCAGUCCCAAUUUAACAUCGAGCUUUCUCUAUGCAGUGACAUCUAGCUCACAAUGGACACAGUUAGCACAUUUAGCUUGACCUUUUGUGCAGGAGACCCCUUGAAAUAUGCGUAUCGGCAUAGUUUUGGUUCAGGAAAUAAAUAAAUUAAUAAAUGGGCAAUUAUUUGAGGUUUGAAGAAAUGAAUCCAUUCUUAUCCUGCUCGCACUAACAAUUUGUAUUGCUUAUUAAGCUUUUCAUUUGUACACCAAUUGUUCUGUGGAAAAAAAGAUGUAGUUUUAAUUCAAAGCUGCUAUUUAAAACUUGUAAUUUUUUACUCCCCCACCCCCCUCAUCUAUUACAGUUCUAAAGCCUCACCACAAAUUGUUGCUGUCAAACAUCAUUUAAGGGACCAAUACAGUUCUGUUAAUAAAGUUCACUAAGCAUUA